CCUACAGCCGGACGGUGCCGCGCCGGCAUGGCGGCUCACAGUUGCUCUGCGGACGGUCUCUGCUGCACUCACUCGGGCGUGCGGCAGACUCUGGACGAGAUGGACUUCGAGAGGGGUAUCUGGUCAGCAGCCAUGAAUGGAGACCUGGGCCGAGUGAAGUAUUUAAUCCAGAAGGCAGUGGACCCUAGUAAGCCCGACUUGGCUGGCUACACCGCUCUGCACUAUGCCAGCCGCAAUGGGCACUACGCAGUGUGCCAGUUCCUGCUGGAAAAUGGGGCCAAGUGUGAUGCCCAGACACAUGGGGGUGCCACCGCCCUGCACCGGGCCAGCUACUGUGGGCACACUGAUAUUGCACGGCUUCUGCUCUCACAUGGGUCCAACCCCAGGCUGGUAGAUGACGAUGGCAUGACCAGCCUACAUAAGGCUGCUGAGAAGGGCCACGUGGACAUCUGCUCCCUCCUACUGCAGCACAGCCCAGCCCUGAAGGCUGUCCGGGAUCGGAAGGCACGACUGGCAUGUGACCUGCUGCCCUGCAACAGUGGCCUGCAGGACCUGCUGGCCAGCUGACUCACCACCUUCUGUCUCAGGCUGCCAUGCAAUGAGAUAUAGACUGGGUCUCCAGGCCACAGCUUUGGUCAGCGUCCAUGCUGAAGGGUGGGAAACCAAGGCCCGAAGACCCAGGAAGAGCCCAAUUUUGGCCACUGAAGUGAGGGAGGAGAUUCAGGGGCCGCAAGUGCUUGAGCCUGGACAGAUGGUCCUCUUUUAAAUUAAUUCAUGUGGAAACAUCUACUCAUUUGAAAAAAAUAAAAGUUAUAGCCUUACCUAAUCCCAUGCCCAAAAUUUCAAGUAGAUUAAAGACCUAAAUUGAAAAACAUGAAACUGUAAAUAUUAGAAGAAACCAUGGACAAUAUAACAAAUUGAAAGCUUCUGCUAGCCUAAGAACCUUGGUAAAAGUCACUUUACCUGUCUGUCCCCAUUUCCUUACCUACAAGAUGAGAAUGAUUAUGAUAGGGGCCACCUCAAAAUCACUAUGGGGAUUAGAUGCUUGAGUAUAUGGGGUGCACUGGAGAGAGUUCCUGGCAUGCUGCAAGCAGGAUAUUAGAAUACCCACUUCCUCAAAACCUGAUCGGCAUGUUUUUUACCAUAAUUUUGUUCAUUUUAAUACUCUGAUAUAUUUAAAAGUGCUCUUCCUUUUUUUAGUUUGAAUUGCUGCUUAUGAGGUUGACACCUGUCUUUUGUGAGCUUUCUGUCCAUAUCCUUUGCCCAU